AUACAUGACAUGUUGCUUUUGUCAGACAAUCUCAAAAGUGUUUUGUCAUUCUGGUUUAUCAAUAUGAACUAUUUAUCUUUAUUUUAGAUAUGAUAGAAGUGAAAAAGGAGAGUCAAGCUGAAGUGAAUGAGAAACAUCAGAUUGUAAAAAUAAACCAUAAUGUUUCACAGAAAGAAACUCUGAAGACAGAAGACAUAAAGUGUGAAAAUAGUUUCAGUGAAGAUGAAUGCCCUGCAGAUCACAAGAGGACUCACAGUGAGGAGAAACCUUACACGUGUCAUCUUUGUGGAAAUAGUUUCACACUUAAAUCUAGCCUUAAGGAUCACAUGAUGAUUCACACUGGAGAAAAACCUUACACUUGUCAACAGUGUGGAAACAGUUUCACAGUUAAAUCUAGCCUUAAGAAUCACAUGAGAAUUCACAGUGGAGAGAAACCAUACUCGUGUCAACAGUGUGGAAAGAGUUUUACAUCUUCAAGUGACCUCACGAGACAUGUGAAAAUUCACAGUGGAGAGAAACCACAUGCGUGCCAUGAGUGUGUAAAGACUUUUACAUCUGCAGGUAACCUUAAGAAACACAUGAUAACUCACACUGGAGAGAAACCGUUCACAUGUCUUCAGUGUGGAAAGAGUUUCACAACAAAAGGUAUCCUUGAGACUCACAGGAGACUUCACACUGCAGAGAAACCUUACACAUGUCUUCAGUGUGGAAAGAGUUUCAGAAGAAAAGCUAACCUUGAGAUUCACAUGAGACUUCACACUGGAGAGAAACCUUACACAUGUCCUCAGUGUGGAAAGAGUUUCGGAGAUAGAAGUAACCUUGAGACUCACAUGAGACUUCACACUGGAGAGAAACCUUACACAUGUCCUCAGUGUGGAAAGAGUUUCACAACAAAAGCUAACCUUGAAACUCACAUGAGACUUCACACUGGAGAGAAACCUUACACAUGUCCUCAGUGUGGAAAGAGUUUCACAACAAAAGCUAACCUUGAGACUCACAUGAGACUUCACACUGGAGAGAAACCGUUUGCAUGUCCUCAUUGUGGAAAGAGUUUUAUGUGGAAAGCAAGUCUUAGAAAUCACCAGUGCUUACAUUCUGAAGAAAAGACAUUCAACUCUUUUGUGCAGUUAUGAGUUUAUUAUGACAUUAAAUCAGAAGAUACACACGAGUGGUCAUGAGUUGAUAUGUAAAGUCUUACCGUGAGUUCACACCAGCCGUGUUUGAGGCGUCAAAAUCUUCACAGUAAACAAACAUGAAGGAAAAUGGUCAUAAAGAAAUGUCAUUAAUACUGUGGACUGCACCUCACUUUGGACUGUUCCUGCUGCGCCAUAACUGCUGUUGUUAUUGUUUCGUCUUCAUCAGCUCGUUUUCUGAUUGGUUAUCAUUUUGUUUCACGUGACUACAGCGUAAGUGUUCACUUGUCCUUGAGGUUCCAACUUUCCCCCACUUAUCAGUAUUUCUGAUUUAAAAUAUUUAACAUGUUGAAUAUUUCUGAAAAAUUAGACUCAAGAGAUGUUAUGUGUUUCGAUUGUGAAAACAGUUCUGAUGUGUCAAGCACUGCUUUGUUACUGCGCUUCUGUUUCAUGGUCUUUUGGGGGUCUAUAUGAUCCCAGGCCCUCUUCAAAUAGUUAAAAACAUAUGCAGUGUUAUUUUUUAUUCUGAUAUUUCAUGACUGUUUCUAUUUACAUCAGAUCACUUUACAAAUGUUUUUUCUUGAUUAUCGAUUACAUGUGAUGCUGACCCCAGUAAUAAAAGUUAUAACUGUAUGACCACUAAAAUGAUUGUCACACACUUUGAAUCUGUUCGGCACACAGAACACUGUUAUCUUAGCAUUAAUAGUUGUGUUCAAAAAUAGCAUUGUACUAAUAAAAGUGAAUAAAGUGCUAAACAUGUUUAUUUACUUAUUUUAACACUGGUAAAAUGUCUGUAGAAAUUACAGUAUUAUUGUCUGCUGUUUGUCAGUUACUUACUGUAGAUUUAAAUUUG